AUGAUGGCUCACGCUGUGGGUUUGCGCGGGCCUCUUUUGCUGCUUUUGUUGGAGAUAACCAUCAUCUGCACGGCACAGAGGGUCGGAGGCGGCCCUCCAGGUCCACCAGGUGUGCCUGGAAUAGAUGGCAUUGCUGGGGAGAGAGGUGAACCUGGCGAAGAUGGCUCUACUGGCCCUGAUGGAGAUGAUGGAAAACCGGGUUCUGCUGGACUUCCUGGUUUACCUGGUGGUGAUGGAUUGACUGGCCCCGUAGGAGAGCCCGGCCUCGACGGCCCACUAGGACAAAAGGGAGAACCUGGGAAAUCUGGACCCAGAGGACAAGCUGGAGUUGGACCUGAUGGAUCUAUUGGACCACCAGGACCAGGGGGGCUUCCGGGUGAGCAGGGAAAAGUGGGACCCCCUGGGGCCAUGGGUGUAAGAGGGCCAGAGGGACCCCGUGGACCAACAGGGUCCCGUGGUGCUGCAGGGAUGUUGGGUGGAACUAUGGAACUGUGUCCUAAUGCAUGCUCAGCUGGUGCACCGGGCCAUCCCGGCUUGCCUGGCAUGAAGGGGCACAAAGGAGUGAAGGCAGAAGCAGGAGAGCCUGGUAAACAAGGACACAAGGGAGAGGAGGGAGAUCAAGGGGCUCCUGGAGAUGUUGGAGCUCAGGGUCCAACUGGACCCCAGGGGACUCGAGGUGCCACUGGAAUGAUUGGCUCUAAAGGAGAAAUGGGGCCUCGGGGUGUUGAUGGUGAGCCGGGUCCUCAGGGUGUGGCAGGUGCCAUGGGGGAUCGAGGUCAGAGGGGAAGACUGGGGGAAGCCGGCCCUAAAGGUGAACAGGGCGCUCAAGGGCCAAGAGGCACCACGGGUCUUCCAGGACCAAAAGGAGACGGCGGUUUGCCGGGUGUAGAUGGGCGUGAGGGUAUUCCUGGCAUACCAGGAGCAAAGGGCAAUGCUGGAAAAGGAGGAGCUCCAGGAGAAAUAGGCCUUCAAGGACUUCCUGGUUUACCAGGAAGCCCAGGGCCAAAAGGUACAUCUGGAGAAAAGGGUAAUGCUGGAGAGCUAGGCCUCAUGGGCACUAUGGGAUCUGCAGGCAGACAGGGCGAGCGCGGAGAACAAGGAGAGGUUGGACCUGUCGGGCCUAUUGGUCAGCCUGGAGACCGUGGAGAGCAGGGCCCAUCUGGACCAAUGGGAAAACCAGGAGCCAGAGGUCCUAAAGGUGAUUUGGGUUUGCCUGGACUUCCCGGACCGCCAGGCUUGCCAGGAAUAAAAGGGGAGCGGGGUGAAGGAGGUGAAGUUGGACCUAAGGGAGAACAGGGAGAUCAAGGAGCGGAGGGAACACCAGGAGAUAAAGGAGAUGUUGGUGACCCUGGCCAAGCUGGAACUAAAGGCGAAGUCGGUAACCAGGGAGAUUUGGGUAAAAGAGGCUCAGAUGGACCCCGCGGGCAGCCUGGCAUCGAAGGACCUCUUGGUAGCCCCGGACCACGUGGCAUGCAAGGGGACAGAGGGGUCCCGGGACCUCGUGGCUCCCAGGGUGGAGCGGGUAAAGAACCAAGCGAUCAGCACAUCAAACAGAUGUGCAUGCGGGUGAUGCAGGAACAGCUGGCCCAGUUGGCCGCAAGUCUGAGAAGACCAGAGUCUGGUGCGGCUGGACUGCCAGGCCGGCCUGGUUCCCCAGGUCCUCCCGGACCUCCAGGUGACAACGGAUUUCCUGGACAAGCUGGUGCGAGAGGACUGCCUGGACUCAAAGGGCCUCUGGGAGUCCUGGGUUUUAAGGGGCAGAAAGGUGAGAUGGGAGACAGAGGGGACAGGGGACCCACAGUUCGGGGACCCAAAGGCAUGCAUGGGCCUCCUGGUCUACCAGGUGAACCUGGAAAACCAGGAUACGGUCGGGAUGGUCGUGAUGGGGAGCGAGGGCCACCCGGUGUGCCAGGACAGCCGGGUGUUCCUGGGUUUCCCGGUCCAGCCGGCCAAGCCGGUUACUGUGACCCUUCAUCUUGUAAUCUGAGCGCAGGGGCUGCCCACCAGUCCCUCAAAGACUCUAAUCUAAAGGGCCCAGGAGGAAACUAAAACCGUACUGAUGGGACAUCAAGGUCGGGUGGAUCCGGAUAGCGACAGCUCUGUGAGGACCACAAAAACAUUCCCAUCACAGAACCGUUCAAAACAGUACCACCAGACCACAGUGAGUUAAGUGUUUUGUGCCAGUAUAUGGAAGCUCAAACCAGCGGCCAAUGUAGCCAAUGCCAUGUGCCAAAGAAAAACCUGCCCAAAUCUUGGUGUCAUAACGAAAACAUUGUAUAAAAAUAAGGGAGGGAAGAUACUGUACAUCUCUGUAAAUGAUUUGAUUGUUGUUUUGUAAGAAGUUCAUUUCCCCGCUGAAGAACGCUGGUGAUGUGCUUUAUUGUUCCAAGAUUGUGGGGAAACACAAAAUACAGAGAGAAAAUGCAGAUACGCUCGUUUCAUGAUAUUUCUAUUUAUUUUACAUAGUUCAAUGAAAUUGAAGUUUGUACAGAGAUCCGGGGAAACACUUUUGAAUAAAUCUGAAUGUUUUAUAUGAAGUCAAAAUGAAAGCAGGCCUCCAAUUUUGUUUUGUUGAACAGCCCAACUUUUUCUCAUUAUAUAGCAAUGCCAAAUUUGGCCACAAACGCCGUCAGAUUGCUCUUUCAGUGCGGAUGCUGAUGUAGAUGUGCUGG